AUGCUGAACUGGAUGCGGAGAUCGCUUGUGGCUGCGAUUGCAUCAACGGCAAAGGGAUUGGUGUCCACCAUAAGUAAGAUCGAUGGAAAACACCACAAAUCUUUGGAGCAUCUCACCGUUCGGCAAUUCUUGCUUGGUUUAAAAACGGUGGCAGUGAAGAUGGCGGUUCUUUCUUGGCUCAACGGCAUGGUGAAUCGAGAGUGUUUGCUGGAAGGGUUCUUUGAGCAUCAGGCAUUGUUCUACAACACGCAAACACAACCCCUGUCAAGAGUUGGAGUUGUGGAGAAAAAUGUCAAGCUUGGGACAAUCACGUUGGGAACUCAUACCAACAUGCUCUCCAAUCCUUCUUCAACGAAAUUUGACCGUGCAAGCAGAGUUUUUUUCAAGUAUAGCACUUCAAGAGGGGUUUAUAGAAUAUCAACUUUCUACGUUAAUGGGUUUAUAUUGCCCGAUGCUGGUUCUCCCUUAGAUUUUGGAGGAUGGAAAAGUGUUCUUGAUGCUCUGGUUCAAACCAACACAAAGUAG